GCCUCGCCCUCCGCCCCUCAUUCUCCCGCCGCGCCGCCCGGCCCCGCCGCCCCGCGCGCCCCCAGUCCCUCAAGCCAGAUGAUGAACUUCCUGCGGCGCCGGCUGUCGGACAGCAGCUUCAUAGCCAACCUGCCCAAUGGCUACAUGACUGACCUGCAGCGGCCCGAGCCCCAGCAGCCGCCGCCCCCGCCCGCCGGCCCGGGCGCGGCCUCGGCCUCGUCGGCGCCCCCGGCCGCCUCGCCGGGCCCCGAGCGGAGGCCGCCGCCCGCCCAGGCGUCGGCGCCGCAGUCCGCGCCGCAGCCCGCGCCGGCGCCGUCGGUGGGCAGCAGCUUCUUCAGCUCGCUGUCCCAAGCCGUGAAGCAGACGGCCGCCUCGGCGGGCCUGGUGGACGCGCCCGCGCCCGCGCCCGCCGCCGCCAGGAGGGCCAAGGUGCUGCUGGUGGUCGACGAGCCGCACACCGACUGGGCCAAGUGCUUUCGGGGCAAAAAAGUCCUUGGAGAUUAUGAUAUCAAGGUGGAACAGGCGGAGUUUUCAGAGCUCAACCUGGUGGCUCAUGCAGACGGGACCUAUGCUGUGGACAUGCAGGUGCUCCGGAAUGGCACAAAGGUUGUCAGGUCCUUCCGGCCAGACUUUGUGCUCAUCCGGCAGCACGCAUUCGGCAUGGCGGAGAACGAGGACUUCCGCCACCUGAUCAUCGGCAUGCAGUACGCAGGCCUCCCCAGCGUCAACUCGCUGGAGUCCAUUUACAAUUUCUGUGACAAGCCAUGGGUGUUUGCCCAGCUGGUGGCCGUCUACAAGACACUGGGAGGAGAGAAGUUCCCACUCAUUGAGCAGACCUACUACCCCAACCACAGAGAGAUGCUGACACUGCCCACAUUCCCUGUGGUGGUGAAGAUUGGCCAUGCUCACUCCGGCAUGGGCAAGGUCAAAGUGGAAAACCACUAUGACUUCCAGGACAUUGCUAGCGUGGUGGCCCUCACCCAGACUUAUGCCACAGCCGAGCCUUUCAUAGAUGCCAAGUACGACAUCCGGGUCCAGAAGAUUGGCAACAACUACAAGGCUUACAUGAGGACAUCCAUCUCAGGGAACUGGAAGACGAAUACUGGCUCUGCAAUGCUGGAGCAGAUUGCCAUGUCGGACAGGUACAAGCUGUGGGUGGACAGCUGCUCUGAGAUGUUUGGCGGCCUGGAUAUCUGUGCUGUCAAAGCUGUACAUGGCAAAGAUGGGAAAGACUACAUUUUUGAGGUUAUGGACUGUAGCAUGCCGCUGAUUGGGGAACACCAGGUGGAGGACAGGCAGCUCAUCACCGAACUAGUCAUCAGCAAGAUGAACCAGCUUCUGUCCAGGACGCCUGUCCUGUCUCCUCAGAGACCCUUAACCACCCAGCAGCCACAGAGCGGAGCGCUUAAGGAUCCAGACUCGAGCAAGACCCCACCUCAGCGGCCACCGCCCCAAGGGGGCCCUGGGCAACCCCAAGGAACACAGCCCCCAGGCAAGGUGCUGCCUCCGCGCCGGCUCCCCCCUGGACCAUCACUGCCACCUUCCUCCUCUUCCUCUUCCUCCUCCUCGGCUCCUCAGCUGCCAGGCGGCCCCACCACCCACGGAGAGGCACCCUCCAGCAGCAGCUCCCUGGCAGAGGCCCAGCCACCCCCGGCUGCUCCACCACAGAAGCCCCAGCCUCACCCACAGCUCAACAAGUCGCAGUCCCUGACAAAUGCCUUCAGCUUCUCUGAGUCUUCCUUCUUCCGGUCUUCAGCCACUGAGGAUGAAGCCAAAGCAGAGACCAUCCGGAGCUUGAGGAAGUCCUUUGCCAGCCUCUUUUCAGAUUAGCUCUUCAGACACACGGGGUACCCGGCCCAGCCGGGAGAAGCAUCUCAGACACUCACCACCAGCAGUCAGCUCGCUUGGUGGUGAUGUCCAGUGACCCUGACCUGCGUGGUCCCCCCAUGCUCCGUUGUGCUGAGUGAUGUUGUGCAGCCCAGAAAGGAUCAUGUGACAGUCUCAGGGAGGUGCCUGCCCCGCCAGGGGCACCUGACGUCAGAGAGGAGAGAGCUGCUUCCCUGUAGUCGUGAGCGUUUCCCUCUGAAGUCAUCGUCCGCUGUGAGUUUAGUGGCCUUAUUGUGACAGCGCCAUCAUGUCUUAUUCUUCCCUGUGAAACCAGGAUUACUCAAAGACUCCUGGCAGCUUAACCUAGCUCAGUCGCAGCGCUAAGCAUGCCCCCUGCCUUUAGUCAGUGACACCUGUUUGGAAAGCAAAUACUUCCCCCGAAGUGCUAAAGCUCUAAGUUGUAGGAACUGUCCCCAACCUGGAUCCCUUGUCACACCAUGUUAACACCCACCCCGUGAGGGCCUAGACUGCAGUAGCAGUGAAGCACCCUGGGUCUGCUGGUCCUCAGGAGAACAAGGAUUUCAGUCUCCCCUUCUGCUCCCUCUGGAGGGUGGUUCUUAUAUGCAGUCUGCAGUAAGAGUGCAGUGGGGUCCCACAAAGCCCAGCCACGGUAUCCUGCAGAGGCCUGCGAUUGAGGGUGGGCCUGACAGACGUCCACUCCCCGUCCUGCAGUGAUCUUGAACUCCAAAGCUGCUGCACAAAGGAGAAUGCAUGCCACUACGACAGCAGGUUACCAAGUGUUGUGUUCAUCUCCUAAUAAAUGUUAAGACUUUUUGGUGUAAUAAAAGCAGCAGCAUUAACUAGCAUUUGAUUUAGCCGUGGGGUCUCCCCUCAGCCACCCUUUAGGCUGAGAGAGUGUACGCGAGACACACAUGUGUUUGUGAGUGCAGGGAGGGAAAAGUCUGGGAGGGUGAAGGCGCACGUGUGUACGUGUGUACGUGUGUGUGUGUGUGUGUGUGUGUGAGAGAGAGAGAAUGAUGGCAGGUGUACACCCAUGUUUACGAGAGUUUGAGAAAAUCUCCUCCAGGACAGCUGGCCUUCCUCCAUCAACUCAGCAUUUCUACCUACUUCACUGAACAUUUCAAGCUUUCAAAUGAGCACAGCACCAGCACCCUGGCUCCCAGAGCAGCAAGGUAGACUGGCUGGUCUGGUCUAGCAUCCAGCUCCUCAGCAGCAACCCAGGAGGCUGCAGCAGCCGCUGGCCUGCCGUGAUGAAUGGGGUCCCACAAAGCCCAGCCCGGCACCCUGCAGAGGCCUGCUAUUGAGGGUGGGGCAUGACGGACGUCUCGGCAGCUUCUUCAUGUCUCCCCGAUACUCAAGCAUACAUUCCAAGGACCACAGAGCCGUGAAGAUAAUUACCAGUCUGCACUGACGAGAAGAAAUCAGCAUAUGAACCAGAUGUUAACA